UCAACGACUUCCAGAAAUCAUCUCUUCUUCUCCAAAACACUCGGUCACGUUAUAAACUCUAAACACGUAACGUUAUUUACUAUUUUUAUUAACUGAGUCUUAUGUAAGGAUUUAAGGCACAUUUAAAAGGCGUAUUUUCAGUUUUUGAUUUUCACUUUCGCUCACUUUUAAAGUAGGUCAUCUUAUUUCCUAAACGCAGCGUGAGAAUGAUGAACUGCGGUCUUGUGACUGAGAAAAAUGAUCUGGUGCCUCUGAAGAGCAUCUCUGUGGAGGUCCGUGUUCAGGAUCAUGUCUCCACAGUCUCCUCCACUCUGCUGUAUGUGAAUGAGGAAGAGCGCCCCCUGGAGGCCUUGUUCGUGUUCCCUCUGCCCGCUGAUGCUGCUGUCUGCCACUUCAGUGCCAAGAUCGGAGAGCAGGAGAUUGUGGCAAAGGUGCAAGAGAGAGAAACCGCGAGGGAUCGGUAUGAUGACGCUUUGAGUUCGGGUCAGCAGGCGUUUCUGCUGGAAGAGAGCGCAGAGAGUCCUGAUGUGUUCAGACUGAGUGUCGGGUGUCUGUCGCCGGGUCAGAACGCUGCCGUCACCAUCAUCUACAUCACCGAGCUCGAUGUGCAGGCCGACCACUCACUGCGCUUCUGUCUGCCGGCUGUGCUCAACCCCCGAUACACACCAGCAGGAGCUGGUAUAGUCUCAGAGAUUUCAUCAGUAUGUGGAGCUGCUCCCUACACGCUGACACUCAGUGUCCAUGUGAGCUCUCCAAAGCCCAUCUCCAAACUAGAGUCCAACUGCACUCUGGAUCCUCUAGUGUUCCUCCGCUCGGAUCACACUCAGGCUACGGUGAAUCUGAGUCCUGGUCACAUGUUUGAUAAGGACGUUGAGCUGUUUCUGUACUAUCAGGAUACCCAUCAGCCCUCUGCUGUAGUGGAGGCAGGAGUGGCCACUGCCCCAUCAGGCUCUCUGAUGAGGGACCCAGUGGUCAUGAUAAGUUUGUACCCAGAAUUCCCUGAAGAAGUGAUGUCAUCACUGGCAACACAAGGAGAGUUUAUUUUUGUGAUGGACAGAUCAGGCAGUAUGGGUGGGAUGCCCAUAGAAAGCGCAAAGGACACUCUGCUGUUACUGUUGAAGAGCCUGCCAAUGGGAUGCUACUUCAAUAUCUAUGGAUUUGGCUCUCGUUUUGAGUCUUUCUUCCCUCAGAGUGUCGAGUACAGUCAGGACACGAUGGAUCAGGCUCUAAAAAGAGUGAAGGAAAUGAAAGCAGACCUGGGCGGCACAGAGAUUUUACAGCCUCUAAAACACAUCUACAGCCAGCCGUGCAACCCUGACCAUCCCAGACAGCUGUUCAUCUUCACUGAUGGAGAGGUGGAAAACACUAAAGAGGUGCUGGACCUGGUCAAACAUCAUGUUCACUCUCACAGGUGUUUCUCAUUCGGGAUUGGUGAGGGUGCAAGUAGCGCCCUCAUCACAGGAAUGGCCAGGGAAGGAUCUGGUCACGCUCAGUUCAUCACAGGCACCGACCGCAUGCAGCCCAAAGUGAUGCAGUCCCUCAGGUUUGCGCUGCAGCCCCAUGUGUUUAAUAUCUCUGUGGAUUGGACCCUUCCAGAUGGCGUUACUGUUGACACACUGUCUCAACCCAUCAAAGUGCUCUUCCAGGGUCAAAGGGCACUCAUUUAUGCACAACUUAAAGGAGAGAGUUCAGGAGGUUUUGAGGGAAAAGUGACAGUCAAAUACAGGCUUAAAGAUCAUCCAGUUACAAACCAGCUCCACUUUUGCCUCAAACCAGCUGGGGAAACAGGGUUGUCCGUCCACCGGCUGGCGGCUCGGACCCGGAUCCGUUCUCUGGAGCAGGAGGAAAGGUCACGUGGUGCGGAUGUUAAGGGCAUCAGGAGAAAGAUAGUGGAGCUCAGUGUUCAGGCAGGAGUGAGCAGUGUUCAUACAGCCUUCAUUGCUGUUAAUAAAGACAGCAGACAGACCGUGAAAGGACCCCUGCUGCAGAGAAGAGUGCAAACACACAGUCACGGUAAACAACUUGCUCGGCCUAAGUCUAAGAUACUGCGGGCUCCUAAAGACGCGUUUGAAAGAAAUGAUUCCCGGCAGGAAAGACGGUCACGGAUGCGGAGCACUGGCAGUCGUUGUUCACCUCGUCGAGGUGUUUCACCGAGGUGUUCGCCUUCGUUUGAAUGUGUUGGCAUAGCAGAUUCCCAGCCGGAAAUACUGUUAAAGGAGAGACUGAUUUGUUCUUCACUAAUUUCUACUAAUAUACCUCAGUCUUUUGAAAAGUGCAGUUUUCUUUUCGACUCUCUUGGCAAACAAAGUGACCCGUUACUCCAGCUGGUUUCUCUCCAAAAGGCGUCAGGCUGCUGGGAUCUGGACGUCACACUGGCUGAUGCGUUUGGGAAGACGGAGGAUGAGCUGACCAAUCAGAAACCAGCACAGGUGGAGGGGUCAGUAUGGGCCACUCUCCUGGCUCUGAUCUGGUUAUACGGCUGUAAAAUAGACCAGCGGGUCGAGUGGCAGUUUGUGGCCAUGAAGGCAGCGUCAUGGAUCGGCUCUCAGAAAGUGGGCGAUCUGUCUGAGUGUGUGUGUGUGGGUAAUGCCCUGCUCGGAUGUCAGGUGACCAAAGAGACUCUGGGAAUCUGAAGACGUCAGUGUUUCUACUUCCUGUGCCGUCAGAAGACGAAACAACUGUUACAGUUUCAUUUACUCUUUAUGUUAGUGUUUCAUUAGAAUUUAGUUCUUCGCUUAAAUCAACAGCAUAUUUUUAUGUGAAAUGUUUUAAAACUCUCAUGAUAAUGUUUUUACUGUUUUGAAAUUGAAUAUAAUUUUAAUCAGAUUCAUUGGAUGAGUCCUCAAUCAAUGAGUAUAUACAAAGCAACAGAAUCGUGUUUAGGUACUAAAAUGAUUAUGUUCACACAAACAUGUUAAUGUUGUAUUAUGGCAGCAAAGAAUACUAUUAAAGUAAUACAAUAUUUUAA